AUGACCGUCCAGAAGCUGGUGGCCUCGGCCGUGCUGGUGGCCCUCGUCUCUCUGGUGCUCAACAACGUGGCGGCCUUCACCCCCCACUGGGUGCACCAGACGCUGGAGGACGGGCGUCGGCGCAGCGUGGGGCUCUGGAGGGCCUGCUGGCUGCCUGACAGGGUGCGCGGGGGGGCGGGCCCUGCUGCCAGGCCGGGGCAGCCUGAGGAGCCCGACUGUGAGGCCCUGGGCUGGGGCUCCGAAGCAGCCGGCUUCCAGGAGGCGCGAGCCACAGUCAAACUGCAGUUUGACAUGAUGCGUGUCUGCAACCUGGUGGCCACAGCGGCACUUGCGGUGGGUCAGCUCACGUUCGUGCUGGGGCUGGCAGGCCUGCCACUGCCAUCACCUGAGUCCCCCUGCUGGGAGGAAGCCAUGGCCGCGGCGUUCCAGCUGGCAAGCUUCGUCCUGGUCAUCGGGCUGGUGACCUUCUACAGGGUUGGCUCCUACACCAGCCUGUCCUGGUCCUGCUACCUGAGCAUCGGCGCCUGCCUCCUGGCCACGCUGGCCGCAGCUGCCCUCAUCUGGAACGUUCUGCACCGGAGAGAGGACUGCAUGGCGCCCCGCGUCAUUGUCAUCCGUCGUUCCCUCGCGGCCCGGCUCCGCCGCGGGCUGGACAAUGACUAUGUGGAGUCGCCCUGCUGA